AUGGCAACAUUUCUGACCUCAGCUUCUCCACUGACAUUGGCUGUCAUCGGAUUCGCUGGUCUGUUGCUGACCCAAGUGAUCAAAGUAUACGAACUCUACUACGACAUCUUUGUCGCCCCCAGCGGCCAAUUCUUCUUCGAACUGAACCGUCUCCACGACAUCUACGGCCCAGUCAUUCGCUGCAACCCGGAUGCAAUCCACGUGCGCGAUCUUUACUGGUACGACAUCCUCUAUACUGGCCCUGGCCAUGUGAGGACCAAAUGGGAUCGGUCGAAUCGCGCUAAUGCUUCCCCUGGGUCCGUCGCUUCUGCGGAAGGCCAUGAGCUUCAUCGUGCGAGACGGCAGGCUUUGAAUCCGUUCUUUUCGAAGAGGACGGUUGAUAGAUUGGGGGAGAGUAUCAGAGGCUACACGGAGAAACUUUGCUAG